AUGGAUGAAACCUAUGAAGAGAAUGAAAAAGUUUUAGUACACCAUCAAAAUAGAAUUUAUGAAGCAAAAGUUAUAAAGAUAGAUCCAAAAAAUAAAGUAGAUUCAAAGAAAAGGCCUUUAUAUUUUAUUCAUUAUCUUGGUUGGAAAGAAAAAUGGAAUGAAUGGGUUGAAUCAAGCAGUAUUUUAAAAUUUACAGAAAAAAAUAAAGAGUUACAGAGAAAAGUAAAUAAUAAAGCAUCAUCAACAACAGACAACGCAAGUGGUGAGGAUGAUCAAACCUCCCAUGACAAUGAAAAUAAUGAUGACGAUGAUGAUCAAUCUCCAAGAUCCAAUUCUUCCAAUUCUUCUCGUGCUUCGUCUUCCUCUUCAAAAAAUAAAAGAAAAAGAAAUGAAUCAAGAUAUGUACAAAAUGCAAAUAACAAAUAUAUGGAAAUUGAAAUACCAUCAUCACUAAAAGGAAAGUUGGUCGACGAUUGGAACUUUGUAAAUAACGAAAAAUCAAUUAUACAAUUACCUAAAGAUCCAUCUAUUGGAGAUAUACUUUUGAGUGUAAUUGAAGAAAGCGAUAAUAAAACUGCAGAAUAUAAAGAGACCAUCAACGGAAUUAGACAAUAUUUUAACAAGGCAUUGGGAACUUUACUUUUAUAUAAAUUCGAAAGACCUCAAUAUGAUCAAAUGUUAAAAAGCAACCCAAAUAAAUCAAUGUCAGAAAUUUAUGGUGCUGAACAUUUAUUAAGAUUAUUUGUAAAACUUCCAUCACUUUUAGUAAUUUCAAACUUAGAAGAAAAAACGGUUUCUCAGUUAAAGGAGGUGUUUGAUCAGGUUUUACAAUAUUUAGAUAAAAAUUCAUCAACACUUUUUACAAAAGAAUAUACAGUUGCAACUACACAAUACCUCAAAGCAGCCUCAGUUUAAUUUGUUUUAGUUUUUUUUUUUUUACAAUUUAAUAUACAUAUCAUAGAUUCAUAAAAUCAUACAAUAUAUAGGAGAUAAUUAAUUAAUUUUAAUUAAACAAAAAAAUAAAAUAAUUUUUAUAUUAAACU